AUGUCAGUAUAUAAGGAAGAGCAUUCGGGGAUGGAAGCUGCCAAGGGAACGACUUUCAACAAUUGUCUUCUCAAUUUGGCGGUGAAGGAAUUUAUUACGCACACAUACACAGCUACACACCUGCUAACAAAAUCAACAAUGGUCACUCAAUUAAAAUCCGCUUCUGAAUAUGACAACGCUUUGGCCUCUGGCGACAAACUGGUCGUCGUUGACUUUUUCGCCACAUGGUGUGGUCCAUGUAAGAUGAUCGCUCCAAUGAUUGAAAAGUUUGCCGAGCAGUAUUCCGAUGCCUCCUUUUACAAGUUAGACGUCGAUGAAGUAUCCGAUGUCGCUCAGAAGGCUGAAGUCUCCUCCAUGCCUACCCUCGUCUUUUACAAGGGCGGUAAGGAAGUCACCAGAGUCGUCGGUGCCAACCCAGCUGCUAUUAAACAGGCCAUUGCUUCUAACGUGUAA